AAUUCCUCACACUGGUUUGUAACCCUCAUUUAACCAUGACUUGCUCAAAGGUCUAUAAAUUAUAGUCUCACCGAUCAUUCAAAUGUUCUGCAUAAGAGUUAGUGCACUAAACACCCACGUUGUUCGCUAAAUGCUGUAUUAAUUUAGUUGGCCAAACGGUUUUCAGUUUUAUUGACUACACUUCAAUCAACAACGUACAGUGUCACAGCUAUUUGACUAAUUAUGAGUAAUAAUUCACUCAUUGUCUUCGCUUAUAGCUUUGUUGCUUUUUUCUUCAUAUCCUAUCUUUUAUAGGGCAGUUUUUUGUCACAUGUUUUAAAUAACUAACAUGAAGUUAUGUGAAUUCCUCAAAUAAAAUAGCCUAUUUACAUUUUGAGAAAAAAAAUGAUAUUCUACCAGAAAAUUGGCGGUGAAAGUUAUUUCAUUGAUAGUGUUACACACAACAGUUUUAUGUUAUUCAUCAUCUUACGUGAAUAUAUCUGUUCACUAACGAUGCCAGAUAACUCUGAGGACCAAAUACCGUGUAGUAAUUCAAAGGAUACAAUCACUUUGUAUAUGCUAAUGUAUGAAAUGUUAAAGGAAAAUAUUGGUAAUCCAUUUGACAUAUUAAAACGCGAUUCGCAAGAUGUACGUAUUCCUGCGUAUUUAAAACCAUUGAUUCGAGGCCGAAUUGAAAGACUACGCAAUUACUAUGAGGCUGUUGCGUACACAAAUUUGUCGACAUUUAAAAAUCUAGUCUUUGCAAAAUCAUCGAAUGUCGGCAAUGAAAUCGAUGACGAUGAUGAUGAAGACAGUGGUGAUGGAGGGGGUGAUGUUAGUCAAAAUAGUAAUAGAAGAAGAUUCCUUUUGACUAAAGACAGCGUUUUCGGUUUAUUUUUAAGAAAAUUUUCACUUGGAAUUUAUUCUCAAAGUUUUGAAAAACUCAUACAAUUUUUUGAUUCAUUUUUUAAUGCUUAUGAUAAUGAAUUAUGUUCCAGGUCAAAUUCGAAUACUGAAGAUCUAAUUGUACAAAAUUUUGCUCAUUCAUUUAUUAGAGAUCAAUAUUUAAUAUCAACUUGUAAUCAGGCUUUAGAUGUCUGUUCCGAAAUUAUUGAUUCUAUUGGAAAAAUUGGUGGACGUCCUAAUCUUAAUUUACAAAAAUACAAUGAACUUUUAUUGUUAGCUAAAAAAAUGUAUCCUGAAGUAUCAUAUACGCAUUAUGCCUCACAUGUAUAUGCCUUGCAAAAACGAAAUCUUACCAUGGCUGAGAACGAAUUACAUGCAUACUUUGAAACAUGUAUGGCAUCAGUGCAAAAUCCAGAAAUGUCAUUAACAACAUCAACAUUUCCUGCGGCUGGCACAGCAUCGACGACUACUACAACAACAGCAGGACCAGGAACAAGCGCAUCGUCAGUACUAACUCCAUCUAUCAAUUCUAGUAAUACCUGUGCUCAUAUGGCAGUGACUGGUGCUGCAAUGCAUUUAAAUUUUGGUCAUUGGUAUAAAGGAAAAUGUUUGAUUAAGGAAGCGCUUCAAAAAUCGCUAGAAAGUGAAUCGAAAGAUUCACUUGGUCAUGUUAAAGUUACACAUACUUUAUUGAAUUCAAGUGCUGAUCCAUUUCGUUAUGAUAAUGAAGUACCUAUGAAACAAUCGUUCAAAUCAAAUGAUGUUACAUUAACUGAAUUUCGUACAAAAUUUUGGAGUGCAUUAGAUACAGGAUCAGAACCAUAUAAAUUAUUAACUGUUUAUUUUAAUUCUGUUAAUAUUAUAUCACAAGCAUAUUUUACUGUAUGUCAAUUGGAUUUAGCUACAAUGUGGCAAUUUUAUGGUUAUCCAAAUAUGGCCACUGUAUUGAUGCAAUGUAUCAUUAAUGCAGAUUGUUUAGAACCAUGUCGUCAUUCUGAUACUGUAUUAGCUAAUGCUUUUGCAAAUAUUAUUAAAGAGUUUAAUUCUAUGGGAUCAAUUGAGACAGCACUAAAGUUGUCUAAAAUAUGUCGAUCUACACUGUGUCGUUUUCCAAACCAAUCACCUUUGUUACAAGCCAGCAUGGAAGUUGAGCUAGAGCAACAUCUACGAUCUGGUUAUGAUUUAGCUCAAUGUGAUCGUUUAGUCAAUUCACUAAAACUUUAUUGUCCAUGGGAAUCUGCUAUAAGGCAAGCUGAAGUUGAACAGAAACGUGGCAAUGUAUCUUAUACACAUGAUAUUCUACGGUAUAUUAUUGACACUAUAAUUGCAAGACGUGAUAAUGACUGUGGACUGUUACAACAAUCGGCAAAAAAUAACCAUAAUAACCAAUUACUACAAUCAAAUGAAUUAUGGAGUCAAACAAAUCCAUUCUCUCACUUAAUAUUGCCUACAUUUCCUGAACAUACUCCUGUUGGUGGAUUAUGUAAAUUAGCUCUGAUUGAGCUGCGUGCACAUUUAGCUUUAAUUGAAUUGUUGAUUACAUUGAAGCUUUAUGUGUAUGCUUUCAACGAAAUCGAUAUAACAUUAAAGUUAUGUAAACGUUAUCGAUUAAGUUUAGGCAUAGAGAUGAUCAAAUUAUUACAAUGUGCUAUACAUUUAUCCAUGAAUAACAAAAUGGCAAUUAAUGAUAAUACUAACAAUCCUAACGACAAGAAUACUAAAAUUGACCAUACAAAUAAUGAUGUUGAUUCAAGCUCCAUAUGGAUACAUGGAUUAAAACAAGCAAAUCCUAAUGUGACAUUUGAGUUGAAUGCUAGCUUAGAAGAAAUGUUACAUCGUACAGAUCAAUUAACAAAAUUUCGUUGUCAAGUAUUUCUUAGUCGUACACGACUUUUAAUUGAUACCAAUGAGAAUAAUCAUUCAUUUAUUCAAAUGCAUAUGACAGAACUCUUAAAAGCACUCAACUAUUAUCGACAAUUAGAUGAUAGAAAACGUGUGCUUGACAUCCUAGUGUUAAUGGCAGCAGCAUUGAACUCAGUCAAUGAAUAUGUGAAACGAAAUGAAGUGUCCAAAUCAUUUCAUAUAUUGCGUGAACAUUUUGGUUUUAAAAGUUUACCUUCAAACCGUUUUGUUGUUGAUAUUUUAUAAACAAGAUGCAUUUUUGUAAUAAGUGUUAUAUAUAUAUAUAUAUAUAUAUAUAUAUAUAUAUAUACAAUUUAAAUGUGUGUAAUCACAAUUUUGUUAAUUCCAGUCAGUCACUUUAACCGAGAAAACAUGUUGACAUGUUUAUGAUAUCUGCUUUACAACUCUGUGGAAGUUAGAGCGUUUAAAGUCCGAGUGAAUCUUGAAAAUAAGUAGUAUUCGAUUUACAGGGUUUUACUGAAAAACGCAGAGUUUUCAACUAUAUUCAAAGCUUAGAUCACAUUUAAAAACCGGUUCCAUACGACAAUGUUAAAUUGCAAAAUAACGUAGGUUCUACAGCAUAAUUUCGUCGCAUUGAGUUGUCAUACCUCACAACAUAACGAAAAAUAAACAAGAUGAGAAUUUUAAAGAAGUUGAAAGAAUAGUAUUUUAAAUGGCUAUGAAAAAGUUAAAUAGAGAAUACACCAUAAAAAGGAAUGAACUCGAAAAAUAAAAGAUAGAUGUUAAGGUUUAGUGUCGACAGGAAGAUAAGGAAUGAAUAUAUAGGCUACUUUGGUAAACGCUAAGUUGUCGAUUAACGUAAUCAAUCAAUUCCGACUAGUAAUUACUAUUUCAAAGUAUAUCACGACUGUUUUCCAAUACCGAAUGUGAGAAAUGGUAGGAUUAAUCUGUUUUGUAAAUGCCAACCAAAACAAUCUAAUGGAUAGAAGUCCACUCUUUCCCAAUGUCUUUUCUGUAUCAUCCAGUUUCAAUAUCAAACGGAGGGAAAUCACCUGUUAACCAUAUAAUGUACAGAAAUAACGCCUUUGGAAUACUCGUGCAAAAAUCAGCACAACAUUCCUAACUGUGCUGCGAAGCUUUGAUUGGCAGAUGUCUCUAUCAUGCCCCAGUAUGGUCGAGGGUGAAGAGCGUCAGAUCUCCCUCUCGAUAUGUUCUCACAUGGCCAUGCGUAUACAGCUACUGCCUUAUCGUGGCGCGAAUGUUUACGAAAAUGAGAGGACUAAAAAUGAAUGUCCGGGAGCUUCAACCGUGUUAGUGGAUAUGAUUUAGUGUUCUUUAUCUGUCUCCAAAUGAAUCGUAGGCCAAUUGUUAUUGAAGUAUACAUCCCGGCUACCCUUGUAUAUAAUCGACCUAAAUCGCGUCAGUGAAUAACGGAAUUAAGUAGAUACCCGAUUGCAUUUUUCAUACGUACAUUUCUUACAAUCGUUGAUCUGAACAGACAAUGAGACGAAGUGAACGAAACGAAACUUGGCAACUCGCAGCGGUGGAGGCAAGUGAAGCAACUCCAUUUAAUCAACCGUGAGUCAAUAUUUAUAAUCAAACAAAAUAAGUUACGGACACAAUGAAUAGAGUAAUUAACGCACACGUAAAUAAGAACGUACAGGGUUAAGCGAAUAAGUGGCAAAGAAAAAAUGACUUGGGAAGAAUGAAUAAACUGGUCUGUCCAGAGGCUGGAAUAGCCUACGCGAGUUUGACACAGUACCAGCCCCUGCGAUGGGAGGUCCACAUGGAGUCGGGAGACCCAGAUUUCCAACCAAUGGUGUACAUGGGCUUCAAGAUUCUGAUGAAUUAUAAGGGCCAUGGCCACCAUGAGACUGUCUCCCGAUGUUGCUCCACCACCUUGUUGAUAAGCCCUCUAGGUCAGAGGUUCUGAGAGUGGUAGCCUAAGAAAGCCACCUGCUUCGGUUUAGUCACUCGGGUAGUAUUGUAGUCCUCGAAUAAUGAAGUGCAUAUAUAUUUGGUGUCCUGUGCCAAUGUUUGAUUGAAAACAAAUGAAAAGUAUACUGACUCGCUACAAGGGAGAUUGAAACUGGUUGCUUAGUUCCGCAUCCAAAGACACUGUCACUGAGUAAUCGUCGAGGACUUGCAAAGCUUAGCUGUAUACGGACAAAAUGCUCGCUAAGUAGAGGGACUUCUUAUUUGGAAUCUGUGUAAUUAGUAACUCGACAAUGAACGAUAUGAAUAUAAAUAGUCAGAUAAACGAUUAUGAUUAAGUUUUUUACAUCCUAGUGUCAAUGUUUCAACUUUCAUUACUCUAUUGCACCGGUUAUUUCGUAAUAUUUACUCGGAUUUUAGUUCACACCAUUAUUUACGCUAUUUGUUCCUUUUCUGUCUCGAAUUUAAAGUGAAGUACCUCAUUCGAGUGACAGUUGUGUGAUGCCCUAUGUUGUGCAUCACCAAGCCGCACUGGACAGUCAGACACCUGUAUAUGAGCCGAGAAACUUCACUGUAACAUUUUAUUUACGUUUCUUCAAAACGAUAUUAAAGAACAUGGAAUUCAAACUAGACAAAGUGGGUUAAUCGUUGUGAUCUUCAUAAUCUAUGAAGUCAACCCAAAAUUAUCUGGUGGCUUAAACUUAACACUUAAGUCAUAUUUUACAAAAUUCAGUACAAUUACGGUGAUAAAUUACUUUAGAACCAAGUUACAAAGUAGCACGACGUUUGUGCGGGAAUUAUUUUGGGUAGCUUUUCGGACUUAUUGUCCCAAACUCGUUAAAACGGCACCAACACAAGUCAUAGUAAAGGAGCAGACAAGAACACAAGCAGUUUAUCAAGGGAUUUUCGGACGUUAUGUCCAAAAUGAUAUUGGUUCCGAGGUUGGUAAAAUAUUAAGAUCAGACACUUCAAGUUUCGGAUGUAUUUUACUCACACAGAACUGGAUGGCCUAUAAAAAGAAGGUUUUGACCAACCUAAAAACAGCAAAUAUGGUAACUGCGCAGUACUCAAGACGAAUCAAUAAAAAACAAGUUCGUAUAU